AUGCAAGCAUUCCUACAGACCCUACAAGCAUACGACAACGGUAUCCUAAGAGAAUACUACCCAUGGGAGUAUGACGCAGAAGCCCAACAAUGCUUAGAGAGAGGCAAUAAACCGUCCUAUUUCGUCACCGAAGAAGACUGCAAGUUCUUUCAACAACAGGCCAAAAUCCUUCAAGACCGAGCGGCCUACAUACGUCAAGAAUGGGCUAGACAAGAGGCAGCCUUACAAGCCAUUCAGCCAGUUACUCAGCCAGUCACUCAGCCAGUCACUCAUCCAGUCACUCAGGUAGCCACUCAGCUAGCCACUCAGUCUGAUACUCUACAAGAGGAGGAACUACAACAGGCGAAUGCGGAGAACACUGCGGAGAACACUGCGGAGAAAGCAAGCGACAACAAGGCCACCACCAUCAAGAACACGGCUCAGCUCUCCAAGAUCCCACGCACAGGCCUACGCUCCACGAUCCCACGUCAGAUCGCCACUCAGCAAGCGGAGAACGACACUGCAAUUUGGCCUCUCAUCUCCGCUACACUAUUGUGGCACACAAUCACUGAGUUGAGCAUACAAGAGAAGGAUCUACUACGACGGUCACAGCCAAAUCACUAUGGCUAUGGCAAUUGGACCUCUGCAGGCAAGGGUCACAUCGGACGAUACAUAUUUGGACGAAUUGAAACCGUCUGA